UACGAAUAGCGGUCUCGGGCGCAGAUUAGUCGUAAUCUGGGUACAUUGCACUCUGCAGCGUCUCCAUUCUCUCUCCUCCCCCCCUCUCUCUCUUCGUCUUUCCUCCUGUCUUUCUCUAGCUCCUCUGUUAAUGAACGCGUCUCUCUCCCUCUCUGUCUUUUCUCUCUACCUCAAUGUACGCUCUACACAGUGUAUCCCUCGGUCGUACGUUCUCAUACACUCGAACAUCGACUUGGGACGACCCCGUCGAUGCAGACGUAUCCCAACUCGGAUAGACGCUAUCGUCGCCCGCUUGAUUAUUUCCCGGCCACUUCGACAGGAGAAGAUUCUCCAGUGCUCAUCCCCGUCGCCGCUGGCUUUGUAACCGCGAGAUUACCACGAUCGCGACAAAUGUUAUACCGGGACAACGGACUUACGGGAUCUUCACCGAAGUGGAAUUUCCCUAUUAUCCGUUUCAUCAUUUCGAAUUUGAUCUUCUCCCGGACUGCGUUGGGAUCCGGCGUGUAUUGGAUAUGGAAAAAUUGAAAGAUUUAUGGGUCCGCAAAAAGCGACGAGGUCGGUAAAAAAGUUACGCGAUAUUUGGUACAAUUCAAUUCGAAAUUGCUGCCGAAAGACACUCUUGAUACGCGGCGCUUCGCGGUUUCGCCCGCGACGCAAUUCAUAGAAAAGCACCGUGUUUAUCUCGGAAGAGGCGUAGGUCGAGAGCCUCAAAAAUUACCGCGUGCGCGAUAACUAUAGCAACAGUCCGAGAUAUCGAACAAACCGCGCAUCGCCUGGGCCGGAUUCAGUAUCGGGGAUUGCGUUAGCCGUGCGAAAAAUAUCCGUCCGAAUGUCCGAAGAAAAACGGGAUAGAGAGAGUAAGAAAGUGGCCGAGAGGGUCGUUUCUACGAAACGCGGUGACGUCUUUAAGAACGAAGUGGCCGCAGAUAAUAUUCGCAAGGAGACGAAUUUGCUCGAAAGCCUGUCGCGAUGGUCGUGGCCGCAGAGAUACGAGCACCUGACCGGGCGAUUUUUUAGCCAGGUGCUGGCGGAGGAAUGCAGAAAAGCGGGACUUCCGGCGAACACUUUCGAGCGUGACCCGCCGGAAGACGCGGCCGAACGUUCGCCGAUUCCUUUGAAAGCGUCACCGGCCUUCCCCAGGACGACAUCCGCCCAGAUCGGCCAUCGCUCAUCCCGCGCGGAGCACAGCCUGGAAUUCGCGGGUCGUCUCUACGUCUCGCCGAGGUGGACGAUCGACCCCCCCGCGGACGCCACGCAAUUGCGCGCGACGCAGCAGAAAUUUAUCUUCCUCGGUUGAGAGAAAUCUUGACCGACCUUUCGAAGAAACGGCGCACCAGUUCAAGUAGCGCAAUAGUAGAGUUUCUAUGUCGAACGAGCGAGAGGAUAGAAAAGUAAUCCGCGUCGUCACAAUUUGAUUAUCCCGCCAAUAUUUAGCAGGGUUUCUUAAUACGCUUUUUGUAUGCCAGACAGACGUCCUUACGUUUUUCAGUCUUUCGUGCCAAAUGUCGGCGACGAAAGUAGCUUCUGCGCGAAACUUUUCUUGGAUUGUAUUUGGAGUUUCGUUUUUUUAUUAUUAUCCCGGUAAUAUUUAGCAGGGUUUCUUAAUACGCUUUUUGUGUGCCAGACAGACGCCCUUACGUUUUUCAGUCUCUCGUGUCAAGUAUCGCCGACAAAAGUAGUUUCUGCGAGAAACUUUUCUUGGAUUGUAUUCAGAUAGUUUAAGAUAGGUCAAUUAUAUCGUCGAUUUAAUUAUAUCAUUACGAGUACUAAAAGUCGCCGGCCUUGCGUGAAUUUUCGUGGUCGUCGGGUGACGAGAUUAAUUCAGGACUGCAGAUAUUGUCGGUCAGUUUUUGGUGGGAAAAUUUCAUAGAAAUACGUAACACGGUAUUCCGUAAGGCUGGUUCUACGUAAGUCGCACGCCGCAAGGAAUCGGCCAAUGACGGUCGAUUAUUCUUUUCGAUAUUCGGCUGCGAUUGGUCGAGUUCUUGCGACUUGCCGUAUCUAUUGUAGAACCUGCGAAAAUAUUCGCACAUUUAUGCAACUACAAAGCAUUGAAAUUGUAUAAAAUAUUAAAAUAAAACAAUGCGAUUAUAAAUAU